ACCUUGAGUAUUCUUUUAAAUUUUGGACUCACAUAGAAUGAACAGUUUUUUUGUAUAAUAUUUGUAUUUUAUAUCUUGUAGUUGUGGGAAUACUGCUAAAUGUUCAUAUUUAACUAAUCGUUUAUCUCAUGUUCAUACUAAGGUUGCAGUAAUAAGAUUUUUCAUAUGCAUAUUGUUAGAGCUGUUCACUCCCUUUAUAGAAACAGAGCUUUACGUUACCUGUCCUCUGGAAAAGGAAAUAAUGGGCAGAUAACAAAAAGACCACGUGAAGAUGUUUCCCUAUCUGAAAAUGAGGAUUUACUUGGCCCUUUACAUACACAAAAACCAGGUUUAUUUAUACAGCCUGGCAUACUAUUCCAAGACUACCCUAAUAAAAACUAUUUAAUCGCAAAAAUAUAUCUCUUCUCCUUGAUAUUUCUGAUUACCUCUUUUUCAGCGAUAAAGAUCGUACCACCUGGCUAUGUAGGAAUUAUAGUUAGACGUAAUGGUGAGAUGGACCAGUUUAACAAUGAAGGAAGGAUGGCUUUGUUCCGUAUUCCCUUCAUGGAUAAACCUGUGGCGUUUAGAAUCACACCAAUCAGGAAAAAAAUCGUAAGGAAAUGCCUAACUUCGGAUUCAAAGACUGUUGAAGUUGUGAUUUUCCUGACAUUUACUGCAAAACUUGCUUUCGCAACACACAUAUAUUCCAUUUAUGGAACUAAUUACACGAAGGGUUUCGUUGAAAAAGAACUAUGUUUUGAUAUUGAUCAAGUGGUAAAAAAGUAUAAUCUCGAUGAUCUCGUAGCAGGUGUUGAUAUAGUGGAAGAGAUGUACUCCACUAACAGUGACAUCCAUGCAACUGUAACUCAUAGUUCAAUGGAGUCAGCAAACGAAGAAAUCAUUGAGAGAUUCCAAGAUGCUGGCGCUUUCAACAAAAUUAUUGUAUCAGAUGUGAACAUAAGUUACAGAAAUCCAGACAUCCUGGAUGUGGCAGAAUGAUGAUUUGACUUCAAUGGUAGAGGAGACGUACCUAUCGCUUUCUAAUUUCUAACAUAGCUGGACCUAAUAACAAUGUGACAUAAAUCAUUAUAAAUACCACAAUCGACUCCUUGUUUUUGCAACAGUUGAUGUGCAUUGUCACAGAUGGGAAAUUUCGCUGCACGUCAUUAUUAAAUAAUAUGUUACAUACACGAUUUCCAACAGCGACAAACAGAAAUUCUUGUAUUUUCGUUAGUUGUUAGCACUUCGACGUGGGUGCUUGGAAGUCCUUGAGGUUGUGGUAUGAGCUUUUGUGAAACAAACCGUGUUGAUUGAGUACAUCUCCCGGCUUUCGGACAACUUUAAUUUUGUUUCUGACUUUUGACGCUGUACUACCCAUUAUUGAUGAUAUGUUGCCCCUAAAGAUUACAACGAACAAAAAUUAUAAGCUUCCCAAGAAUAUUGCUCACAUCAAUAAUACCUG